UACAGGACCAUCUUCACGAGUUACCAGUUGGAAGAGCUUGAGAAGACCUUCAAGGAGGCACAUUACCCUGACGUGUACCAGAGGGAGGUCCUCUCCCUCAAAACUGAUCUGCCCGAAGAUAGAAUACAGGUGUGGUUCCAAAACAGACGAGCCAAGUGGCGCAAAACGGAG